AUGGAGUUGGAGCACCAAGCGCUGAUCUACAAGUAUAUCGAUGCGAACGUGCCGGUGCCGUCCAGCCUCCUCGUCGCCAUCAGGAAAAGCCUAGGCUCGUCGGGUUUCCCCUCCUACUCGCCUGGAUCCUUGCGAGCCACCGAAUGUAAAUUCCUCCACCGAAUCUGCAGAUUCAAGAACGACCGCUUGUAUAACUCUUUUAUCUGCUCUACCGCUUAUUCACUCUCGACCUUUUAUUUUUUUAGAGUUUUGGAUUAGUUUCGGUCUUCGAGUAGUUCCAAGAAUCGGUUUCGAUCGGUAUGCGCCGCUUUAAAAUCUGGGGUUUUCUCCUAUAUAAUCUUUUUUUUCGAUUGUGUCUUCUGUUGUUGAUGUGCAUGAACGAGUGCCUCAAUCCGAGCAUCGGAGACGGUCCUCCCUCCUUGCAUUUCAAUCGUCGCGUCUUAUCUCGGUGGUUUUCUACUGUUUAGAGCUUGUAUUUUCCACUGUAUCUUCCUCUCCCCCUUUUCUCAUCGUUGCGUAGGAGUUCACAUGCAAGCCGGUGCGUUGUUAUAGAUUCGGAUCUUCACGUCCCUAUUUUGAUCCGCAUCCUUUGAAUGAUCAUGCGAUUUUUCGUCGAUGAAUCGAUUCAUGAUUUCAAAAUGCGUCUGAAACGGUUUUGUCCCUUCUCCCAUUGAUUGAAGAACUCUCUCUCGCUCGCUCGCUCGUCCUCUCGCUUAUCUCUGCAUCGUUGCAGUGGGAUGGAGCCCAUUCCACCUGGGUUUCUCCGGGAACGCGGAUCCGGAGCCGGGGAGGUGCCGUCGGACCGACGGGAAGAAAUGGCGGUGCUCCAGGGAUGCGGUUGCCGACCAGAAGUACUGCGAGCGGCAUAUGAACCGUGGCCGCCACCGUUCAAGAAAGCCUGUGGAAGGCCACUCCGGCCACGCCGCCAAAGCGAUGCCCAUCAUCUCCCCGACGGCCUCCGUCUCCGCCGGUGGGUCCUCCAACAACAGCCUGUCCAUCUCCCACCAACAAAUCAAGUCCUUGCAGCAGCACAAUCCCACCUCCGCGUCGCCCUUCUCCAGGUAG